CAGUUUCCGAGCACAGCUGUGUGAAGGCCGUUUCGUUCUUGUGGCUUUCGCUGGAUGGAUGUGUACAAAAGUUGACUGGCUUUCUUUUGCCAUUAGCUGAAAAGUUGCUCAAUCAUGUACACCCGUGCGACGAUCUGCGCUAAGGGCGCUGCUUUUAUCCGUUUAAAUAGAUGCACAUCUAUUGCUGUUGUUGCGACACAAAGCCAACUAAAUCAGAGGUCAGUUUCGUCUGCAUCAAAUACCAGCUUGGAAAAAUUAUUUCCUCGCUUUCAAAGUUUCUCCAAACGCCAUAUCGGUCCAGAUGCAGCAGAACAGUCAGAAAUGCUUCAGUGCCUUGGUUUAAAGGAUCUGGAAGAAUUGAUUAGAAAGACGGUACCUAGUUCCAUAUUGCUUGACCGAGACCUGAAAUUAGAAGAACCUGUUGGCGAGCAUGAAUUACUCAAGCAGGCUGACCAUCUUGGAUCAAAGAACAAGCUGUGGAGAACUUACAUAGGCAUGGGAUACCAUGGCACUCUCACACCUCCAACUAUCAUUCGAAACAUGUUUGAGAACCCAGGAUGGACAACACAGUAUACCCCAUACCAAGCAGAGAUAGCACAAGGACGCUUGGAGAGUCUGCUGAACUUUCAGACAAUGGUGGCAGACUUGUCUGGUCUCGAUGUCUCCAAUGCUUCCCUGCUGGAUGAAGGAACAGCAGCAGCAGAAGCUAUGAAUCUUUGUUACAGACAUGUGAAAAGACCAAAGUUUUUUGUUGAUCAUCGGUGCCAUCCUCAAACAAUAAUGGUUACAAAGACACGAGCAAGUGCCCUUGGAAUCACAGUGGUGGAGGCAGACUGGAAACAGGUUGAUCUCUCAGGCCGUGAUUUCUGUGGUGCUUUAGUUCAGUAUCCAGACACCGAUGGGCACAUCAGUGACUUUUCACAAUUUGUGGUCAAGGCACAUGAAAAUGGGACUCUGGUGGUUGGGGCGACAGACUUGCUUGCAAUGACCAUCCUGCAGCCUCCAGGUGAAAUAGGAAUGGACAUUGCUGUAGGUACAAACCAACGUUUUGGAGUACCUUUAGGAUAUGGUGGGCCACAUGCUGGCUUCUUAGCAUGCAAAGAAAUGUUCCUUCGAACCAUGCCAGGCCGGAUUGUUGGAAUAACAAGAGAUGCCCAAGGUCGCCCAGCUCUUCGCCUCACUUUGCAGACGCGCGAACAACAUAUUCGACGUGAUAAAGCUACCAGCAAUAUCUGUACUGCACAGGCACUUUUGGCUAACAUGUCUGCAAUGUAUGCUAUUUAUCAUGGCCCCGAUGGACUGCGGCAAAUUGGCACUCGCGUACACAAUGGAGCACUCAUUUUGGCUGAAGGUAUCAAGCGUGCGGGUCACACCUUAAAGUCCAAGACGUUUUUUGAUACUGUCAAAUUCCAGCCAGCCACAAGCCAACAAGAUAUCAGAAAGAAGGCAGAAGCUAAGGAAAUAAAUAUCCGUUACUUUGAUGAUGGCUGUGUAUCCAUUGCCCUUGAUGAAACAGUUGACCAUCAAGAUCUUGAUGACCUCUUUGAAAUUAUUGGAUGCCCAGUCACUCUCAAUGACAUAGCAUGUGAACUGGGCCCGACACCCAGUACCAGUUUACUCAAAACUGCAUUCUGCCGUACAUCCAAGUAUUUGACUCAUCCUAUAUUCAACACCUAUCAUUCAGAGACACAACUGGUGCGAUACAUGAAAUACUUGGAGAACAAAGAUCUGUCCCUUGUACAUUCCAUGAUCUCACUAGGCUCCUGUACUAUGAAGCUUAACAGCACCACGGAAAUGGUGCCCUGCACAAAGAAGGAGUUUUCUGAUCUACAUCCUUUUGUACCCACUGAGCAGGCGCUUGGUUAUCAUGAGAUGCUGGAUGAACUAAAAAAGAUGCUCUGCGAAAUUACUGGAUAUGAUGAUAUUUCUUUUCAGCCCAACAGUGGAGCCCAAGGAGAGUAUGCAGGCUUGCGCUGCAUCAUGGCUUAUCAUGAGGCUCGAGGAGAGAAACAAAGAAAUGUAUGCAUUAUCCCUGUGUCGGCUCAUGGCACCAACCCAGCAAGUGCUCAGCUGGCUGGCAUGAAGAUUCAAGCCAUCAAUGUAGAUAGCAGGGGAGCUGUGGACAUGAGUCACAUGACUAAAAUGGUGGAAAAGUACAAAAAUGAGCUCGCCUGUCUGAUGAUUACAUAUCCAUCUACACAUGGUGUUUUUGACCCUGACAUAAGAGUACUUUGCGAAAUGGUACACCAUUAUGGUGGCCAGGUAUUUCUGGAUGGUGCCAACAUGAAUGCACAGGUGGGAAUCUGUCGGCCUGGUGAUUAUGGGUCAGACUGUUCACAUCUCAACCUGCACAAAACAUUCUGCAUUCCUCAUGGUGGUGGAGGUCCUGGGGCAGGUCCUAUUGGAGUUAAAAAACAUCUGACACCUUUCCUCCCAACACAUUGUGUUGUUCCUCCUCCUGGAACUUUUGGACCUGGCUCUGCAUCAUUUGGAAUGGUUUCUUCUGCACAAUAUGGAUCUAGCUCAAUCCUCCCUAUCUCCUGGGCUUACAUCAAAAUGAUGGGGUCCCAAGGAUUGCGCAGAGCUUCUCAAGUGGCCAUUCUGAAUGCCAACUACAUGAGUCGAAGACUUAGUGGAUACUAUAACACCCUCUACACCAAUGAUAAUGGUUACUGUGCACAUGAGUUUAUCAUUGACUGUCGACCAUUCAAGAAAACUGCCAAUAUUGAUGCCACGGAUAUUGCCAAACGCCUGCAAGAUUAUGGAUUUCAUGCACCAACAUUAUCUUGGCCAGUUUCGGGUACUCUGAUGAUAGAACCUACAGAAUCAGAGGACAAGGCAGAGCUUGACAGAUUGUGUGAUGCCUUGAUAGCAAUCAGAAAGGAGAUUCAGGAUGUUGAAGAAGGAAAACUAGACAUUGAAUGUAAUCCUUUGAAGAUGGCUCCACAUCCUCUAAGUGACAUCAUUUCCAGCACUUGGAAACGGCCAUAUUCUCGGGAAAUGGGAGCUUUUCCAGCUCCAUUUGUGACACCAGUCAACAAGUUCUGGCCAACAGUUGCACGGAUUGAUGAUAUCUUUGGUGAUCAGAAUCUGGUCUGCACUUGUCCAUCUGUCACAUCUUACAGCAGUGAUGAGAAUGGAGUUGAAGAGCAAGCACUUGGAUAAACUACUUUUGACCUAUCAGCAUGACAUUAUUCCUUAAAGAACUGAAGGGCAAAACAGGAAAAGGAGGGAGAUGUGAAUAUACUUGUUUUUAAAACAUGUCCUAAUUUGUUUACUGUGAUUAAAGAACAUUUUGUAACAACCUUUAAAAUUUCCUUAAGAAAUUGCAAUGAUUUACAUUAAAUGAAAAUGUGAGUAGACUGAAGGAUUCUUUAACAAUUUGGCUUUAGUGUCUUGACCAUGAGUUUUUAUUAAAAACUGUAUACAGGUAGGAAAAAAUAUAUAUUUUGGAGACUGCCUGUGCCAAGUGAAGACAAAAACAAAACAAAAAGUGUUAGCAGCAAACUGAAACAAGGCUGAAUUCCUUUUCAUUGUAUAUACAUAUAUAUAGCAAAAGAAAUAACAUGACCCCAAAUGAGUACAGUAUAUUUUGUACAGCAGGUAAAAGAAACAUUUAAGGUGAAUCACUGCCAGUUUGAUGGUUUGGCAUAUGUUAAUGUUUUUUUCCUUACAGUUUUAUGUAAUUUAAAUUUUUGUUGGGACAUCACCACAGUCCUGUUUAUCAUCCAUGGUUUUCGUGAUUUGUUUCUGUGAAAGUGGGUGACAGUAAUGCAAAAUAAUGCAUGAUUUUAAUGAUGUAUGGCCUAUGUGUAUGCCUGAGAAUGAGAUGUGACAGCUUUAUAAAACCCUUACUUAGCUGUGAAGUUUUUGUAUGCAUAUAUUUGCAUAACCUUUUGGUUAAAAAAAACCCGUCAACAAGGUGACAAUGUGUGUGUGUGUGUGCAUGCUGUGAGGCGUGUGUGCAUUUCUACUGUUUGUUAUCAACAGUUUUUUUGAGCUAAAUGUAAGAAUUUCGGGGCUUGCAAUUUCAACCAACUUGUAAUUCCACAUCAUAGAAAAUUUCAAGGCAGAUUGCAGAUCUAAUCCAAUUUGUGUAUACAAUUUUUUUUCUACAUUUUUUAAUUGGAUUAUACAUAACCAUAACAGGUCCUAAAAUUUAUUGAUAUCAUUUUAUGAUGAAGCAAGGACAUCUUUUAAACUAUUAUUUACCUCUGCCUUUUGGUGAAGUUGAUAUUGUGUUAAACUCCACAAAACCAUUAUCUACAUUUUUGCUCAUUUUUCCUGGCAUUUACAACCAUUCAUAGCUACAAUGUACAGUUAGUUCGAUCAUGGGAAAAACUUUUUGGUAGUGGCCUUCUAGUCAAAAUGCAUUGUAAGAUUAUCAUCCAUAACAAUCUGGAACUGCAUCUAAAAUGAUAUCCAAACAGGAUUGUUUAAACAGAUAUUUUGUACUACUUCAAGACUAUUAUUUGUGCAAUGUUACCUAUGUUUUGUUUCGUUUAUAUUAAGUGCUGCUUAAAUAAACUGACAAUCACGGGCCAGUUAAUAUGAAAAAAGUAUUAAACAUAAUAUUACAUAUGUAUUAUUAUAAGUUCUUAUCACUUUACAAAAAUGCUGUUGUGAAAAGAAAUUGAUCUGAGAACUAUUCAUUUUUGGUAAGGUAACAGACUGCUAAAAUAUUAUAUAUUUCUAAUAUUUCAUUCAGAGGAGCUCUUAAUUCUCAUUCAAAGAGGUCAGUUUGAUGUUGGUAGGAAUAGACUUGUUACUUUAUAUUUUAAUGCUGAAAUUCUAAAAACAAAUAUUGUGACCAUGAUUCUGUCCUUCAUAUUUUAUGUGCAAUGGUCCAGACAUGCUACACGAAUAAAUUCAGAUUUUCUUUUG